GCUUUUGGCUGCGCGCUCCGUGCUCUCGUCUGUGGGUUUUAGCCAAGGCUGCAGCGCCCGGCGCCCGAGCGAGCGAGCGAGCGCGGCAGCGGCUUCCUCCGGCGCUCGCAGCCGGGCGAUGCGAUUUACGGAGCACCCCGGGCGCAGCCUGGGCUCUCGCUCCCCAGCACCGGCCCGGCCUGGGAGGCCCCGGAGCCGCCGCGGCUAGAGGAAGAGGCAGGGAAGGGAAGCCCAGCGACCCAGCCUCCCUCCCCCACCCUCGCCCCAUUUACCUCGGCGGCCACCGCGCGCCAGGAGCCUGAUCGUGGGACGCCGAGACCGGGACGGGAUUCUCUGCACGCUGCCGAGUGAGCCGGCGCCUCGGCUCCUGGGUGGGCUGCGAAGAAAAUGGUGCAGUCUGAAAGCGGUUGACCCCAGUUGGGCAGAGCACACAGCUCUACAGUGCCGGGCUCGGGUGGCGGGAGAAGGGGGCGGAUUGUUUUGAAGGGCCGGGGCCGCUGUUUUCCUCGGUGCCUGCAGCAUUUUCUUUGCACCUGGGCAGUACGUUCCCGGGGCUACUUGGGAGCCAGAUGAAGUGAGGCAGAGGCGUCGCGGGAGAGGCGGGUCUGGAACCUGUCAGGUGGAUACUCAGGAAGAAGAGGGCGCUGGGGAGAUCGGCAUGACGCCCCGGGGGCUGGCUGCCCGGCUGGUGGUGAGCCCUGAUCGCGCGACCUGUCCAUGGUGUUGAAGGCACCGCGAGCCGAGCUCCGCGCGCCCCGCGCGCCGCGCGCCCUGCCGGGUGCACCCUCCUCUGCGCAGCCUACCCCUCGUGUCAGCCAGCUGCCGCCCAGUCGUCUCCAACCCCGGGCCAAGGCUUGUCCCGUAACGCCGUCCGAGUGACCGCGCCGUCGGCCCGAGGGGCCUCCUGAAUGGCGAGGCCAGACGCAGACGACCCGGGAACCCGCGCGGAAAGGUCGGUCGCGACGGUGCGCCCACGGGGAGCCCGCCUCUGAGCACAGCGCGCUGGCCAGACAGAGCACGGAACCUGCUGGUGACCAGAGAAAGGAGAUUUUUAAAAGACCCGACCCAGAGAGGAAGAACAUUUCGUCGCUUGCAGACCGGAAGGGGGAGAGUCGCUAAGUGGGAGACCCAGGCGGGACUCAGGGCAGCCGGCCCUGGCAUCUGGAGGUUUCCUUUGCUGGCCGGCCGGACCGCGAGUGCUGGAGUUCAUUCGGUUGUCGUGCAGCUCCUCGUGAUAGCCCCCACCCCCUCACUCCAAGAAAAAGCCAGGCGAGUGGGUCCCGUCGCUACCCUGCACAAAGAAAGCCCGGCAGCUCCACUGCAGCCGAGGGCACUUGGUGUUUAGUUUCUGGCCCCAGGGCAGCGGCGCCCGAAGCCCGGCUGCGUGCGGACGCGGCCGGUUCGGGGCAGUCGCUUCCUGCGGGGCAGGGAGGGGACGGGAGGCGGUCUUGUACGCUCGCCGCCGCCCCGAGGCUGCACCUGCCCCGGAGGAUGCCCAAGAGCCCGCCCGAGUCUCCCCGAAUCAGAACUUUUUAGGCUGCCCGCCCCCAUCCCCGCAGUCCCUGGGCAGCGCACCGGCAGGCGGGGGCGAGGGGGCGCCGCCGCGCGAGUCCCCCUCCGGUCCCCCUCCCCCUUGGCUCGGCCGCCCGCCGCUUUGUUCCGGGCGCGCGGAGGGAAGGCGAGGCUGCGGCGGAUCAUGCCCAUGGUGUAGCCGCCAAGCGGAGGCAUGGCUGCCGGAAGGUUACUGCUCUAUACGGGCCUCUCGCUAGCGCUCUGCGCCCUCGGCAUGCUGGCUGUGGCCAUCUGCUCGGACCACUGGUACGAGACGGACGCCAGGAAGCACAGGGACAGGUGCAAGGCCUUCAACACCCGCCGGGUCGACCCCGGCUUCAUUUACAACAACAACAACAACUUGCCGCUCCGGGCGAGCCGCUCGCGCCUGGACCGCUGGGAGGGCAAACUCCUCCGGGCCCGGAAUCGCCGGCAGCUCUUCGCCAUGAGCCCGGUUGACGAGUGCAGCAGGCAGUACAACUCCACCAACAUGGGCCUCUGGAGGAAGUGCCACCGGCAGGGCUUCGACCCCGAGAUUGCAGCCCUCAUUCGGAAAGGAGAGAUCGAGCGAUGCACGUACAUCAAAUACCACUACUCCUCAGCCACCAUCCCCAGGAACCUCACUUUCAACAUCACGAAGACCAUCCGUCAGGAUGAGUGGCACGCCCUUCACCUGCGCAGGAUGACAGCCGGCUUCAUGGGCAUGGCAGUGGCCAUCAUCCUCUUCGGCUGGAUCAUCGGCGUGCUGGGCUGCUGCUGGGACCGAGGCCUUAUGCAGUAUGUGGCAGGGCUUCUCUUCCUCAUGGGAGGAACCUUCUGCAUCAUUUCACUGUGCACCUGUGUGGCCGGAAUCAACUUCGAGCUGUCACGCUACCCACGUUACCUGUAUGGACUCCCCGAUGACAUCAGCCACGGCUACGGAUGGUCCAUGUUCUGUGCGUGGGGGGGCCUGGGCCUCACACUAAUCUCGGGAUUCUUCUGUACCUUGGCCCCUUCUGUCCAACCUGUCCCGAGGACCAACUGCCCUAAAUCCAGACCCGAGUGGGACAGUGUGCUAAAAAAACAAACCCAUACAUAUAUAUAUAUAUAAAUAUAUAUAUAAUAUACAUAUAUAAAACAAAACGAACUCAAGAUGAUGCCAGUGCCAAGGUAGAGUCGAGUUGGCUCAGGCACCCGCAUCUCGUCGGACUCUGUGUUGCCUCAUCACUGAGGCGGGGAAAGCGUUCCCAUCAUGCGGCUCUUCCAUCCCUUCGUAACUUUUGGCUCCAUGGUUUCUCGAAGACAGAAUGAACAUCAACCCCAUGAUAGCGUCCUGACUCCCGUCCCUCUCGAGGAUGGGGUGGGGGGCCGGGAAGGGACAUGUCGCCGGUGGUCUGAAGCGGCAUGGAUGUAGAGAAGGAGGUGCCCUCCGUUGGGCCAGCAGUGAGGACACCACCCCGACACCGAUCAUACCGCAGAGAAACAAAGCCCUUAGUUCCUAGAAUGUAACCAGAUCUUUGAGGUCAUUUGCAGAACCAUUUCUCCUGAUCUUCCUGUUCUGAUUCCCUUCCUGGCCCACCAGCGACACACGAGAAGUGGAAGAGAAAACAGAGCAAGCAGGACGUUUUCUCUUUGUUGCCAAACUUUUGGACCAAGUUUUAGAGGUGGGAAGGGGGAGAGAACAACGUGCUGAGAGGCGAGAUCCAUGUCAAUAAAAGGACACUUCCGUGGAUGCUGAGAAAACCCAGUCUUACCUUCCAGCUGCCUUACACCCAGUUCCACGAGAGGCCGCCUGCCCCUGCCCCCGCCUGCGGUCCUACACGGGCAGAUUGGAGCCUUGGAGUAACGCUGUGAUGUGUGCGUGCGUGUGUGCGUGCGUGUGUGCAAGACGACUUCCGGUGAUUUCCUUUCUUUCCUUUUCACCUUUAAAAUGGAAAUACUGCAUCAUGACUGUUGUCUGCCUCCUUUGUGGUGGUUUCGUGGCCCAGGUCGGAGGCCCUAGACCGAGGGAGAAUAACGAAGGGGCAAGCCAAUGCACGUGCCUGUUCUUUCUGUAGCUUCAGAUCCCUGGAGUGUGUGCGUGCGGUGGGUGUUCUCUGAGCGUGGGGUUUCAGCGCUUGUGUUGCAUUUUUCUAUUAUUUGUGAUGUGCAGCUGAAAUUCCCAGAGGGCAGAACCGAGAACAGACCCACUGGGCCUCCGAGGGCCCCGUGGUCCUUCACGUCACAGUUCUGGGAUGCCGCAGGAUUUAGUCCUCUAAGUCUGGAAGUUCAAGACAAAGCUGGGCACAAAAGCCAUGAGAGAAGAGGGAGAGCACAGUUCAGGAGAGAGAAGGAACGUUGCCUCUGUUGCUGUUGUACAAGUACGUAUACCAAACCAAACCAGACCUUCGCUCCCCAUUGUGGAAGCUGUCCUUUGUCACUGGACAUCUACCCCUCUCCUAGGGGCGACCUCUGUACAGAUGAAAGAAAAUGGGUCACAUGCAGAGAAAGCACCUCCAUGUCCCAUGGGCUCGGGUUUGUAUGAUAUCGUGUAAAUUAAUGGAGAACUCUUGACUCUUUCCAUCUUCUUCCUUUCCCUCUUGAUAUUCAAGGCCACGCAUCCCCAAAUAGCCAUCUUAGUGGCUAGCUCCCAAACAGAGGUGGCGUAAGUCCAGCCCAGUGUCUCAGGCUCAUUGCAGCAAAUUGGCCCUGCAGGUGUUGGCGAACCACGAAGUCAGCCAGAGUUGUGGAAGCUGUAGGGAUGAGUGUAUGCUGGGAAGAGUGGACAGGAGCAGCUGACAGUCACCUCGGGGACCCUGCGGACGCUGAGCAGCUCUGGGGAGGCAAAGAGUGAAUCCCCGAGCUGCACAGUCAUGGGUCAGCCAUGUAGCUGAGACCUCAGUUGCUUCGUAACUAAGGGUGCUUGGGGCACUUUGCCAAUAACAGCUCAACAGCCUUCCUUCCCAUCCAAGCACCUGUCUCAUCGACCUGUCUUCUGAACUAUCUUAUCAGUCCCACCUUUCCUCACCUACAAACCACCUCUCCCUCUUCUGUCCACCACGCUACAAGUCCUGCCUGUCUCCUCAUCUGCUCUUUUUGACGGUGUGUGUGUGUGUGUGUGUGUGUGUGUGUGUGUGUGUGUGAUUCACAUCCAGAUAGGACAUCCCGUGUCCACGAAUGGAAUGGAAUGGAAUGUGGGUCUCUGUGUAUGUGUAGCUCUCUGGUGCAUUUUCUGUGUGUUUGUAUCAGUAUAACCUGGACGCGGGUGUGGGUGUACCACUCAAGCCUUCUUUCCCAGCGACACUGGUCAGCUUCUGCGAAAGGUCUCAUGUGUGUGCCCCUUGUAUGGGUGUGCUGAGAGAGGAGGGGUGAGGUGUGCAGCAGGAAAUGCUAUUACGUUCCAAUUGGGCUUCUUUAAAGGAUUUAUUCUAUGAGAAGAGAAACCAUUUUCAGGAAACCCCAAUUUUUCUAUUGCAUACAGAACUUUUAAAAAAUGUUUUCUUGAAGAGUUUGAUUUUCCCCUUCGAGGCAUACUGGGGCUUGAGGAAAAGUGAGGAACAUCCGAGACUGAGAGGCCUUGUGUCUUCCUUCCAAGCAUCUUGAGUGGGCCAAGCAGGGAGAGGCAGGGGUCCGUGAGCGUCUGUUCGGGGCCAGAGGGCUUGUCUGUGACCAGACCCAAACUCCAGCUGUUUCCCAGCAGGAAAAUGGGGAAGGAAUUUCUAAAGGGGGCAACUUGCUAUCGUUCAAGCUUUUCUUAAGUAGCCAUGUUUGAAGAUACUGCCUCACCGACCUGUGACUAUUUAUACCUUCCUUUUUUUUUUUAUCCCAUGCUUGCCAUAAAUGGAUCAGUCACUCUUUCCAGCUACUCAUCUUUAUGAUCGACCCUUAAUACCGUGUAUUGUGUCCCUUCAAAACCUUCCUGAAAUGUUAAGAGAUUCCUAAGAAAGAAGUCAGCCACCUGGGCUUAACUCACCGUGAGGAGAGCAGGGGCGUUGAGCGGCUGCUUUGGUAGUGGGGCCAGACAGGAACAGACACACUCCGAGGUCUGCUGCUGCUUGGGGCCAAUAAAAAGCCUAAGCCAUGUGGUCAGGAUGGAAGCUGCGUACAAAUGGCUAGUCCUUGCCCAGGUGACCUUGAUCCCUCCAACAUAGGGAUCCAGGUUAAGACCUGCCACCCCGUGCUAUCACUGAGGCAGUGGCCUGGUUGAAGAGGAAGGAAGAGGGGGAGGGAGAAGGAAGAGGGAGCCUCUGCUGACCUCCCAUCAAAUGUAGAAUCCAACCUUCCAACGGGAUUUAGGGUUACCAGCCCCAUUAAAGCCCCAGCCCUGAUCCCAGGUCAAGUUCGAAUUCCUUAUGGGUGUGCAUGCAAGGUCUCUGGCCGCGGGUGUGUUUUGAGCUCCAUGUGAGUCAGCCUUAAGCAUGGGGCCCAUUUCAGCUUUCAUUUCCUUCCUUACCCUAUGAGAUUGGGGAUUUGGGAAAGUAGAGUGUCUGCCUGGAAAGAGGUCCUAGUUCUUUCUCUCCCCGUUUUGGGAGUUUUGGUUUCUCCAUGUUUCCUUUUCCUCUCCCUCCACUCACUUCCACUCUCCUUGUGCAUAACUUAAAAUAGUUGAUCAAUUAACAGAGUUCAGGCAUUUGUCUCUGGAGGGGCUUAUCCUCACUCUCCAAGCAGCCCCCUUCCUCAUCUGUUGUGGCUGUAGGCUUCAAAGGGAGGUCGGUAGCUUCCUGGCAUAGAAAUAUUAAACAACAACAAAAAAAUUUUAAUGUGCCUAUUCCAGCUUCAAUCCUCCUGAAAGCCUCAGCCUUUCAAUAACUACAUCCUUUCAGCUUCAGGGAUCACAAAGUCAGGAAGCCUCAACAUCGCCACCAAAUGCAGACAAAGCCUUCCUUGAUCACAUGUCCAUAUGCAGCACCCUGAGCCCAUUCUGGCAUCUUCUCUUGUUGGGGGCCAGUGGUUCCACCUGACAGUGCUUGCCUUUCCUUUGAUAAGGGAAGACGAUAUCCUGGAACUCUUGAGUAUGGGCCCUACCUCGUAAUAGCCCUCCACGGUCAUGAGAAGAGGACUAAAAUGAACCACACCUAGUUGUUCUGAUUUAACAGGGGAUGUGCUGCUUAGGUCCCUAAAACUGCCCGCCUGAGUUGGACUCAGCAUAGUGAAAUCAAGUUCCCAGACGCACUGACUCUGUCUUCACCUGGCUUAUUCCGGGAGCGUUCAUUAACUGGUUUUCAAGUGUCCGAGGGGAAGGAGUGGGAAGAAAUACACUCUGGUCGUCGUUGGUGUGGUUUGUGUGGCUUGCUUGGUUGGUUCUCUCGGGAAUGUGCCUUUUCUGAAAACGUUCCCCCUGCUCCAGGGGCUGACCAUCCCAGGGGACAAAUCCAGCCCUUUGAAGAACUAUGAUGAGUCAUAGGGAGAGGUGAUUUCACCACAUUUAGAAACCACUGGUGCAUAGCAGCCAGGCUGGCUGCUGUGCUAUUGUCUAGGUGGUAUCCGACAGAGUAAGGGGACAGGCUUUUAAACAAGCCCACCUGAGCUGAGAGACACAAAAGACCCCGGUGCACCUCAAAGCGGUCAACUUGGUGGGCCGUGUUUGCCCUCUUUCCAUUGAUGCCUCCAUGGUGCAAAAUGUUUCUUAAACAUUAUUGUUAGGUCCUAGACUACAUUAUUAUUGGCUAUUGGAUUACUUUUCUGAAUAAUAGAAAACUGUAGAAAAUCAGAAAAAUAAAGUACAAAAAAAAAACUAAAGGAUUGUUUAUAAUUCCAUCACUCAGGGGUAUCCUAAUGGUCACAACCCCAGCAGCCUCCAUGGCCAUGGUUGUCUUGGGCUGGCAGUCAGGGCUAGGUGUAUAUAGUCCCAGACCACAGAACCACACUGGUCUGCAUGGACUUGACCCUGUGUUCACAGCAGAAGGAGCACAGGGCUCUGAGCCCCCAAAGACGGCAGAGAGAGUUUUUGAAAAAGGUCAAUGCCAGAGCUUAGGGAUGGGCAGAACAGAGUGAAAACAUUUUUACUUAGGGAUUUUUCUUCCUUUCUUCCUUUUUCUUUCUUUCUUUUUUUCUUUCUUUCUGAGUGCUAUCUCAAUCUAACUGGUAAGAGCACGGAAGCCAGAGUAACUCACUAGUUCAGCUACACUCUGUCGUGCAGUUACUGUAAAGUUCAUUUCAGCUCUUCACUAAAACGAUCUGUGAUUCCGGCACCGGGUCUUCUCCAUACUUGAACUUCCUCAUCCACAAAAUGAGGACAGUGAUAACACUUUACCUCAUGCUAUGUUAAGGGUGAUAAAGAAAUUGCAAAGUGAUUUGCAAAGAUGACGUGUCACAUGCAUUAUGCACCGUUCGAAUGAUCCAGCAGCAGCAGAGCCCCUGCCACGUGGAAUUCUUCCAUGUGGUGUCUGGGCCUCACUGCGAGAGGACAUUUGAGUGUGAGCGGUCAUCUUGGCCACCAAAUAGGACCGUCCCUAUCCAGCUUUAGCACGUGGGAUUCUAUUCUAUCAUGUGGGUCCCUCACAGACAUUGGCUCCUUAAUUUACCCAUUCUCAGGCUUCCUUCCUUUGGUCCAAAUCAAAUUUUGCAAAGGGCAAUCUUAAUCCUUCUCGAUUAUUCCCAGGGGUCAUGGAAUGAGUAAACCAUAUGAAACAAAUAGCAUAUAUGAGCUAAAAAGUUAACUAUCGAGCAAGAGUCAAUGUCUUUUUUUUUUUUUCUUUCCUGCAAACAUGAUUUGUAUCUGUACGUGCCCUACUGGUGGGAGCAGAUCAGGCUCUGAAACAUUUUAAUGGUCUUUUCAGUUUAAGAUGGGAACAAGUUUCAAAGAACUGGAACCUUCUUUCUCUUGUCAGUGAAGCAGAUGGCUUCAUCAAAAGCAUAUGGGUUCUCAGAGGAAGUCCUUUGGAUGGUGCAUUCACUGAGAGAUGUUCUGGGUAUGAUCCUAUUGGGGAAAAACUGAAUCCUAGGUUCUAGACAAGAAUGUACUUCCAAAAGGGUCUGCACCUCUCUGCUUUGCGAGAGAUUCAGUUUCAAUGUGAUGGAGAGACCCGCUCUAAAUGGAAGUCCAAGUCCUUGCUCACUGUAGGGAUAGAGCCAGACCAAGAAUGGGGGGACGAUCCAACUAUAGGGGGUGUUUGCUCACUAUCGAGAAGCAGAAAACGGGGUAUAAGCAUGGGGUGCAUAGCAGCAGCUCAGACCUGGCCUCACUCUGCCAGAUGCCGACUUCGGCGCCUGCAGUCCUGUUCUUCAUUUCCAAGAACUGGGUGUUGCUCCUUGGGGCACCCUGUGUGUCUCUCUCUCCUGUCUCCCGUGACUCCCUCUGGCCAAACCUUUCCCCUCCUUCCCUGGUCACCUGGAGACCUUUCAAGCCUGAAUGCAUCUGCGUGUCUGUGUUGUCAUGGAUGUGAUGACGCCUUUCACGUAAGGAGUGCUCACUAACUCAUUCUCAGACUCCUUUCCCACUUCCACCCAUGGUGUGACUGUUUUAGAUCCAAGACUCUCUGUAAAAAUGUACAAAUAAAAGUGGAACCUGAAAAUAAGGGGGAGGGAAUUGAGACGGAACAAAUGCGUUGAUGUAGCCCUCAGUUUUUGGAGGACUUACGUAGACUGCCCUAAAAUCCUGACUCUGGGUGGGAUUUGAAGGGAGGGAAGCCGUUGGCACGGGAGUUUGUUGUGUUUUCUUGUUUUUUGUUUUUUUUUCUGGUGGUUUCUCUGAGAGUCACGAGUGUCUGCUUGGGACCCUCCGUUCUAAAGCUUUUUGCCUUUAAAGUAAAAAUGUAUUUUCCCGAAAGUAGAAGCAGGUCAUCAAAGUUGGAAGGGUGAAGCCCGUCACGAAGGUCACCACAAAGACCUGGGUUCGCGUCCGUAGCCUUGUCACUGGCUCCCUCGGGGCCUCGGGCGAGUCUCGUUACCUCACUGUCUCUGCGUCCUCUCAGCCAAACAGGGAGCAGGGGCUCCUGGGGGCACCACGUCUCCUUGGCCAUUCUGCUGCUAUUCUUAGAGGCUUCGGCCCAUGCGGGCGUGCGCUGCCCGCCUGAAGGCCCGUUUGGAGAGUUUUACUCCCUGCUACUCUUGCCCCCUCACGCCUCAGAAAGUAACCUCAAGCUAACAGCCAGUUUGCGCUCCAGUCCAAAGCCUUUGAUCUACCUUUUUGUUCCCAGAUGCCUUUUCCCACCCACUUUGCCGUUCUCAUUUUACUAUCCUUACUGAUGGAGUUUUGCCAGCUGGGGUAGGAGAAGCGUAUCAAAGGAGACGGUGCCUGUGAACUGCUUUGUCAUCUGUGACUCACUGUACGGACAUGACUGGCAAGGCCCGAAGCGGGGUGGCCGGCUAGGGGAC